CGCGCCACGGCCCCGGUCCCCACCCGCGCCUCCGCCCGCUCCGCGAUGAGGGUCCUGGGUGGGCGCUGCGGGGCGCUGCUGGCGUGCCUGGUGCUCGUGCUCCCCGCAUCCGAGGCAAACUUUUUGUCAAAGCAGCAUGCUUCACAAGUCCUGGUUAGGAAACGCCGGGCAAAUUCAAUGUUUGAAGAAACGAAAGAGGGUAAUCUGGAAAGAGAAUGCAUUGAAGAACUGUGCAAUAAGGAAGAAGCCAGGGAGAUCUUUGAAAAUAACCCUGAAACGGAUUAUUUUUAUCCAAAAUACUUAGAUUGUCUUGGCUCUUUCCGAGCUGGAUUGUUCACUGCUGCACGUCAGUCAACCAAUACCUACCCUGAUCUAAGGAGCUGUGUCACUGCCAUUCCAGACCAGUGUAAUCCUCUACCAUGCAAUGAAGAUGGAUAUAUGGACUGCAAAGAUGGCCAAGCUACAUUCACUUGCAUUUGUAAAUCAGGUUGGCACGGAGACAAGUGUGAAUAUGAUAUAAAUGAAUGCAAAGAUCCCUCAAAUGUGAAUGGAGGUUGCAGCCAGAUAUGUGACAAUACACCUGGAAGUUACCACUGUUCCUGUAAAAGUGGUUUUCUUAUGCUUUCAAAUAAGAGGGAUUGUAAAGAUGUGGACGAAUGCUCUGUGAAGCCAGACAUUUGUGGCACAGCUGUGUGCAAGAAUAUCCCAGGAUACUUUGAAUGUGAAUGUGCUGAAGGCUACAGAUAUAACCCCACAUUGAAGUCUUGUGAAGAUGUGGAUGAGUGCUCUGAGAACAUGUGUACUCAACUUUGUGUGAAUUUCCCUGGAGGUUACUCCUGUUAUUGCGAUGGGAAGAAAGGAUUCAAACUUGCCCAAGAUCAAAAGAGUUGUGAGGCUGUUCCCGUGUGCCUUCCCUUGAACCUUGACAAAAAUUAUGAAUUACUUUACUUGGCAGAGCAGUUCGUAGGGGUGGUUUUAUAUUUAAAAUUUCGUUUGCCGGAAAUCACCAGAUUUUCAGCUGAAUUUGAUUUCCGGACCUAUGAUUCAGAAGGUGUUAUCCUGUAUGCAGAAUCUCUUGACCACUCAUGUUGGUUCCUGAUUGCACUUCGUGAUGGGAAGAUUGAAAUUCAGUUUAAAAAUGAUUAUACAACCAAAAUCAUAACUGGAGGCAAAGUUAUUAAUAAUGGUCUUUGGAAUACGGUCUCUGUGGAAGAAUUAGAAUACAGUAUUAGUGUAAAAAUAGCCAAAGAAGCCGUAAUGAAUAUAAAUAAACCUGGAAGCCUUUUUAAGCCUACAAAUGGAUUUCUAGAAACUAAAGUUUAUUUUGCAGGAUUGCCUCGGAAGGGGGAGAAUGAACUCAUUAGACCGAUUAACCCUCGUCUAGAUGGAUGUAUACGAGGCUGGAAUUUGAUGAAUCAAGGAGCUUCGGGAGUAAAGGAAAUUAUUCAAGAAAAACAAAAUAAGCAUUGCCUUGUCACUGUGGAGAAGGGUUCCUACUAUCCUGGUUCUGGAGUUGCCCAAUUUAACAUAGAUUAUAAUAAUUUAUCCAACGCCGAGGACUGGCAAAUAAAUGUGUCCUUGAACAUUCGUCCAUCCACGGGCACUGGUGUUAUGUUUGCCUUGGUUUCCGGUGUCAGCGUGCCCUUUGCCUUGUCUUUGGUAGACUCCACCUCUGAAAACCUUCAGGAUAUCCUGGUAUCUGUUGAAAAUAUGGUAGUAUCUCGGAUAGAGGCCAUAAAUCUGUGUUCCUAUCAACAAUCCCAUCUGGAAGUAAGCGUCAACAGAACUAGUCUGGAGCUGUUGACUUCACUUAAAAAUCAUAUCGUCUACUCCGAAGGCCUUCAAAGUCAACUUGCCAUUUUGGACAAAGCAAUGAAAGAAACAGUGGCCACUUACUUGGGUGGCCUUCCAGAUAUUAUUCCAUUCAGCGCCACACCAGUGAAUGCCUUUUAUAAUGGCUGUAUGGAAAUGAACAUUAAUGGUGUUCAGUUGGAUCUGGAUGAAGCCAUUUCUAAGCAUAACGAUAUCAGAGCUCACUCGUGUCCAUCAGUUUUGAAAAACCCAACAAAUUCUUAAGGCAUCUUUCCUGCACUGAUAAUAUAUUUUUCCUGUGUGUAAUUAUACUUAUGUUUCAAUAAUAGCUGAAGGGUUUUACCUGCGAUGUGCAGAACUUGAUUAUUUUAUGGGUACUUUGACUUUCCUGGAAUUUCCAAGGUCUUUUAUCAAGAGAACAAGAUCCUUUUGUGAUACAAGUCAUUUUAAAAAAUUCUUACCUCUGUUGCUGCCUAGAAAUUAAAUAAUGAAAUACAUAAACAUU